AUGGCAAAGAAAGGGUCUGUAUUUGGGGGCCUCCGGCAAUUCGAUGGCUACGCUAAAACCUUGGAUGAUUUUCGCGUAAAGACCACGGCUGGUGCUUCAGUCACCAUUAUCAGCACAUUGAUCAUCAUUACACUUGUGUGCUCUGAGAUAAUCGCAUAUACCACCCCACAUUGGAAGCCAAGUCUUGUUGUCGACAAGAGCAGAAAGGAAAAGAUGCCCAUCAACUUUAACAUUACAUUUCCCAACAUGCCAUGCCACAUGCUUAAUGUGGAUAUCAUGGAUGAUUACGGAGAACACUCGCCAGGUUACUCUCAAGAUGUAACGAAGGUCAGACUUGAUUUGUCUGGCGUGCCAGUGGACUUGGGAGAGUCAGUCAAGUUGGGAGACAGCACAGCGGGCGCAUCAAAAGCAUUGGAGCCAGCAAAAGAAUGUGGAAGCUGCUAUGGUGCAAAUGCUCUGCGUGAGGAUGGCUGUUGUAAUACAUGUCAAGAAGUACGUGAGGCCUAUGUCAAAAUGGGCUGGGGUAUGGUCAAUGUCAAGGAAAUUGAUCAGUGUAUCCGUGAAGGCUGGUUAGAGCGAUUUGAAAAGCAAUCCAACGAAGGUUGCAAUAUUCAUGGACACUUGAUGGUGAACAAGGUCAGGGGUAAUUUCCACAUUGCUCCGGGAGAUGCUUUCCAAACCAACACAAUGCAUGUGCACGAUCUCAAAGAAUUCAAUACGGGUGCUCCUGACGGCCACAAAUUUGAUUUAUCGCACACAAUUCAUAAGUUGAAGUUUGGCCCUGAUUCAAGGGAUGAAACUGAGGACAUUUUGGCCGUGACAAAUGCGUUGGCUGGCGUCUCCAAGUCAGCUGGCGAAGGGCGUUCUAUAUUCCAAUAUUUUGUCAAGAUUGUAUCCACAAAGCUGCUUCCCAUUACUAGUAUUCCAACAUUCACAAACCAAUACUCAGUAACUCAAAAUGAUGUGGAGGGUGCCAAAGGGGGACUGCCGGGUGUCUUUUUCAUGUUGGAGAUCUCACCAAUGCAGAUCAGUUACAAGGAGACUCGCAAGUCAUUCAGCAGCUUACUGACGGGUGUAUUGGCCAUCAUCGGUGGUGUCUAUACUGUGGCUGGAUUGAUUGACAGAGUAGUCUACAGGGCUGAAAAGGCAUAUAAAAAGAAAGUAGAGAUGGGAAAGACACUUUAG